AUGGCUUCACCGGAGUGGGUGCAGGCCAUCUGCCUCUUUCUGGGCGUCUGGUUCGUCGGCAUCGCGGUUGCGGCGACCCGGGGCUCUGGGGCAGGUCCCACCUCAAGCAUCUUGAGGUCAAAGGCAGCAAGAAUAUUGCAAGAAUCGAAGCGGGAGAGAGUCCUUGACCUAGGAGGGCACAAUCUGCAGCAGCAUGCGCGUGUAGCAGGGUUCAGCUUUUGCUCUGGCCUGAUUGCAGACUGUGUCCUACCUGGGAAGUCAGGAUACAAAUCGAAGAAACAGAUUGAUGAUGCUUCUUGUAAGCUUGUGAGAGAUGGUCAAUAUCUUCACGGCGGCAAACAUCAAGGAAACGGCGACUUUUUGACCACGCAAACCUCCAGAAUAACGAUGACGGGAUUACAAAAGUUGGAUUCCCUCAUCAAGCAUGUCUGUGUAUCUUCGUUCCUCCCUCGCAUACCAAACCCCAAAUCUCCUUGCUGCACAUAUGUCUGCGUUAACCCUUUAUUUUCAAGCGAUACAUUUUCACUAGGUCUUGGUGGAUUUUGUCUGAUGUCGGCCUGA